CUCCUCCGCUGUUUCUCGUGGUGGCAGCAUGAUCAAAACAAGAACAGCACAGUUUUACAUUCAAAAGUUUACAUCACCAGCAAUGGCAGAACAGAUUCGAUUCAUGACAUGUACAAGGCCAUGCAUGAGGUCUUUGGAGUUCGCUUGGAUAUUGAAAAGAGAGCCAACACUGACUCUCCAGAGGUGCAUGUGGAUGCCCCCUGGCGAGCUAUGGAUGUACAGACCAAGACCUAUGCCAUGGUCUCCCCAGACCAUGCCAAGACUUUGGUAGAAGGCUUGCUCAACCACUACACACCCAACAAUGACAAGAGAGCCGGCUGUCCUGCUGAUGGCAAAAGCAAGAAGUCCAAACCAGUCAUUGCCUUCCUGGACAGAAAGGAUUCCAAAAGGUCUAUCGCCAACGGCCCUGAGGUCCUUGAUAAGCUGCGUCAGUCCGGUCAUGAUGUCCGAUACCAACCAUCCUUUCAUGGCAUGUCGCUGAUAGAACAGAUCAAGUUCAUGUCUGAGGCAGACAUUGUCAUGGGGCCACAUGGAACACAGUUCACUACAAGCUUGUUCAUGCCUUGGUGUGGUUCCUUGUUGGAGUUCUUUCCGAGACAGUAUUAUGCGCCCAACUGGUAUGGUUCAAUGGUUGCUUUGUCGGGGAAGCAUCACUUCUUGACUUAUCAAGGAGGACAAGCACUGAAUGCCUAUAGGCGAAACACGAGGCAUUUCAAUGCCUCUGUUGAGGCGGUGGAGCAAGUCACGGCAGUCAUGGUGGAGCGGUGGCACUCUUGUUGUGCAGCAAGAAACACCAACAACUGUAACAGCAACAAGUUUGGUAUUUGCACAAUUGUAGAAGAAAAAAGAGGGGGAAAGAUGAGUAUUCCACCUGAAGCAAUCGAUGGCACCGAGCAAAACCCCUAUGUUGCAGAAACUCGCUACAACGGCACCUUGCCUGCUUGGGAAAUGUUCCUUGGCCCUGGUAGACCAUACUUUCCAGAGGGUCAACGAGCUCUUAACAAAAGUGAUGCCAGGCUGCUCUUUCCCAAUCACAAUUCCACUGAAGCAGUUUGCCGAUUGUCAAACAUCUUCCUGUUUCAGAUGUUCCCUCACAACUUCCAGCAGCUUGUUCGAUGUUUCUCAUGGUGGCAGAUGGACCAUAACAAGAACAAAACACCAGUACUGUACAUUCAACAGUAUGACCAUGGGACUGAUGACAUGGCCUCAGUUCAUGGUAUGUACAAGGCCAUGCAAGAUGCAUUUGGUGUGCGAUUGGACAUUGGAAAUCGAACCAAUGAAGACUCUCCUGAGGUUCAUGUGAUGGCACCUUGGGAAACUAUGGCAACCCAGACAGGCAUCCAUGCAAUGGCGUCAAGAGAACAUGCCAAAAGAAUGGCAGAAGGCUUUCUCAACUACUACACACCUAACAAUGACAAGAGAGCUGGCUGUCCUACAAAUGGCAGCAGCAAGAAGGGUCCAGUUAUUGCUUUUCUGGAUAGGCAGGAUUCUCGGCGAUCGAUUGCCAACAGUAAUGAGGUACUGUAUAGACUGCAGAAGGCUGGCUAUGAUGUGUUGUACCAAUCUUCUUUCAAGGGCAUGUCGUUGAUGGGACAGAUGAAGUUCAUGUCAGAAGUGGAUAUUGUCAUGGGUCCACAUGGACAGCAAUUUCUCACAAGUAUGUUCAUGCCACAGUGUGGCUCCUUGUUUGAGUUCUUUCCCAGGAACUAUUAUGCACCCAACUGGUAUGGAUCAUUGGUGGCCUUGUUCGGCAAGAAUCACUUCUUCGCUUACAACGGAGGAGGAGUUUCACAAUGGAUGAACGAAUCUCGUGAAACCAAAUCUUAUAAUGCCUCUGCUGAUACAGUCAUGCAAGUGACAGAGGCGAUGGUGGAACGGUGGCACUCUUGCUGUAGUGCACUAGGAAAUGUUUAA